AUGGCUGACGAGUACGCAGACUUGAAGCAGAUGUUGCAGCAGCAGCUGAAGCUAACGGAAGCACUCACGGUUAAGCUGUCCAACUCGUCCAUGGGUCAAUCAAGUGCGGCUGGUGGUUCGCAAUCUGUUGAUCACAUUGCCGGCAGCAUCACGGAAUUCUUGUAUGACGCGCAGGCUCAUAUCACCCUUGAUUCCUGGUACAAACGAUACGAGGACUUGUUCUCUGUCGAUCUGGCUGCCCAGGACGAUGCAUGGAAAGUUCGACUCCUACUUCGCAAACUGGGUCCGGCUGAACACAAGCGUUAUUCAAACUUCAUCCUCCCCAAGAAUCCCCGAGAAGUCGCUUUCAAGGACACGGUUAAGACGUUGUCGCAGAUUUUUGGUGAUCAAUCAUCCCUUUUCAACACUCGAUUUCAGUGCCUGCAGCUGUGCAAACGCGAUUCCGAUGAUUUUAUCACGUAUGCGGGCCUUGUCAAUCGUGAAUGUGGGCGUUUUCAACUCGGUUCUCUUACUGAAGACCAGUUUCAAUGCCUUAUAUUUAUCUGCGGCCUCCAGUCCACCAAGGAUGCUGAUAUCCGGACACGUCUCCUGUCCAAAGUGCAGCAGAGCAACUCUUUCACACUCCAAGAGCUGGCAGCAGAGUGCCAAACGCUGACCAAUCUCAAGCACGACUCUGCCUCAUCUUUCUCAGUCCAUACGGUCACAUCGACCAAAUCGCAUCCUGUUACACGACCCAAACAAGUGUCCAAGGCGAGAUCUCCGUCAUCUCCUUGUCGGCACUGUGGCGCGUGGUAUUUCCACCGGGACUGCACUUUCCGCCAGCAUCGCUGCCAAAGCUGUCAUCAGGUGGGACACCGUGAUGGGUUCUGCAAAUCAGUACCAGCUUCUGGAGGCAAGCCAGCCCCCGCCACUCCUAAUUCCAGGCACCGUUUCCGGCCAAAACGCAAGCCCAAACCCCAGUCCGUUGGUAAUUCUCACAGUCUCUUGGCCGCUUUCCAGCUCAAUGCGUCUGGUCGUAGAAAGUUUGUUGAGGUUUUGCUCAAUGGCCAUGCAGUUCGCCUACAGUUGGACACUGCCUCAGAUAUCACCAUCAUCUCUGAGAGACUCUGGCAGUCCCUUGGCAGUCCCACGAUGCAGCCGACUUCCCAGUCCGCCACAAGCGCGUGCGGUGGUCUCGUACAGCUAAUUGGGCAAUUGCAAUGCUGUGUGUCGUUCCGCGGUACCAACAUCACUGCGAUCUGCUACAUCACCAAGUCUGACCUCAACCUACUUGGUCUCGACUGGAUUGAACAACUUGGAUUGGCUGAUAUGCCGCUCCGCGUUGUUUGCAGUCAGAUGCAGAUUUCCGCUGUGCUUGCAGACCAAGCCAAGGACAUUCUCCAACGCUUUGCUCCAGUGUUCCAAGACGGCCUGGGUCGUUGCACAUACACUCAAGCCGUGCUACAUCUGUCUCCUGGAAGUCAACCAGUCUUCCGUCCAAAGCGACCAGUCCCAUAUGCAGCCCUACCACUUGUCGAGGCUGAACUGAAGCGUCUAGAGGAAGUGGGAGUUCUGGUUCCUGUAUCCUACUCCGCUUGGGCCGCUCCAAUCGUUGUGGUUAAGAAGCCCAAUGGCUCGAUUCGCAUUUGUGCUGACUUCUCCACCGGUCUCAGUGCCGCACUGACGCCAAACUGCUUUCCACUACCGGUUCCGGCUGAUCUUUUCACCCUGCUGAAUGGUGGCACUUGCUUUGCCAAGUUGAAGUUAUAUUUUUGGCUUCAAUUUCUUAAUCCCUUGCACAGUUUUCCAGUGUAG